AUGCUUUACGAAAUCGAAGAAAAUUUAAGUACGGGAGACAUUGUUUUAUUUUCAACAAGAUCCAUACCCGGAAGAACAUUCAGACAUUGCACAGAAUCUAAAUAUUGUCACGUAGGAAUAAUUGUUAAACUGCCAAAAUCUGACAAAUCAAAUUAUGGAAACUCUGAGAAUAGUAAUAUAUUAAACACAACAGGAAUGAAACAACCACCAACAGCAGAACAUGUCUAUGUAUUAGAAGCACAAGUUGAUUAUGAUGGAUUAUUAGAAAUUGCAAAAUCAGCUGCUUCCGAUUCAACCUCUACAAGUCAACAAGCUGCAAUCAAUUUUAAAGUUAAAACUUGGGCAAGUUUACAAAGAUUGAGCUCAAAAUUAUAUAGUGGAUAUUAUGAUUUAGUUUCGGUUAGAAAGUUGAAAUAUUUACAUGGAAAGAAAGGUGCUGAUAAAAUUCAAGAAGAAUUAAUGGAUUUAUUAUUUACUAGAGAUUCUAAUAAUUCAGCAACUGAAGAGGGAAAGAUUUCGAAUAUUCUUGAGAAUGGUAUUUCAUUUACAAUUCAUCCACAUUAUUUCCAAAACUUUUUUAGAGAUUCAUUGUUUGAGAAUGGUUUAAUUUAUGCUUCUCCAGUUGAGGAUCGUCAAAUUAUUGUGAGUGCUUAUUUCACCGCUUUUAUUUAUCAGAGAUUGGGAAUUUUUGAUAUGGAAAACAAAUCACUCAUUACAAAAUUCACACCAUUCCAUUUUUCUGAAGAUUCCACUUACAAAUUACCUUUCAACAAGUCAUUUGUAAUGGGUUUGGAAAGUCCAAUGUACAUUUAUUUGGAUUAUGAAGUAUUUGCUGAUCAGGUGAAAGUGGAAAACAAACCUCUUCCGCUUCCUGUAACUGAUUUUCCAAUUGUUGAUAAAAUUGUGAGAGAGAGAAUGACAUUUAAUGAGUCAAUUCUUGGUACAUUGAGAUCUGGUGAUUUGAUUUUUACUCAGGAGGAAUCAUCUGUUGGAAAGGCAAUAAGAAGAGCUUGGAAUGGUUCAGUAUUCUCUAGAGUGGGUGUUAUCAUUAGAAUUCAAGGUCAACACUUUGUUUAUGACAUAGCUCCAUAUUAUGUGAGUCAGGAGGAAGCCAAAAUACCUCAAACAAAGAUUUUAGAAGGAAGAAUUCAAUCAUUACACUCCUAUAUUCACUCAACUCCAUUCACUAAAGUAACUGUGAGAAAAUUAGAAAAUGAAGGAACCAAUGUUUCUGUCAGAAUGCAAGAAAAACGUGUUCAUGUAGCUCUAGAAUUCCAACAAACAUUGGAAUGUCCACUCAAUAAGAAGAUUCGUGAAGUUUUUGAUAAUAUUGAUGCUAACAGUUAUAUUCCAAGAAUUAGAUUUGAUAUUUCAGGAGUUUUCUCAUGUGUAUUUGUAUUACUAAUGCUCAAACAAUUGAGAUUAAUUAAUGUGAGUGAUGAACCAGCUGAUCUUUUAUCUUACACUCCUCAGAGUAUUCUUGAUUUUAAGAAAUUGAAUGGUGAUUACAAAUUAACUGAUGAAUUAACUGUAUUGAAUGCCUUUGUUACAACUGGUAACCAUAAAGUUUGAGUUAUUUGACUCUAAAUGUUAACUCUC